CUAGCCAUCUCUCCCCCUUCCCCCUUUCUCUCCGCAGUCCCUCUUCUCCCUCAACCCUCCGCCGCGCACAGCCCGUCGCCAACGGCCCCAGCAGGCCACUGCGACCUCACCUCGACGGCCACCCCUCCUUCUCACCCCCAUCACCAACCCACUUACUCUCUGGUUCCCACUUCCGCCAAAGCGUACGACGCCAAGCCCCUGAUCACUCGCAUCUCGGCUGUCCAUGCUGCCGAGCCCUCGACCAAGCAGUCUACGCUGCCCGUCGCGGCAUCGAAUUUGAAAUGGAAGGUGGAGACCUGGAAGUCCAAGACUGCGCUGCAGCUCUCGGAGAAGCACCUGGAGGAGAAGCUGGCCGAGGCGGCCGUGGGCAAUGCCUUUCUCUUGCAAGGAAGGGACUGCACCGAGAGUUUCAAGGAGUUCAGUGCGAAUAACAUAAGGGACACCUUCAGGGUGCUUCUUCAGAUGGGUGCGGUUCUCAUGUUUGGUGGUCAAAUGCCUAUCAUUAGGGUUGGGAGAAUGGCAGGUCAGUUUGCGAAACCCAGAUCGGCUCCAUUUGAGGAGAGGGAUGGUGUGAAACUGCUGAGUUACAAAGGAGACAACAUAAAUGGAGAUGCUUUUAACGAGAAAUCAAGGAUUCCAGACCCCCAGAGAUUGAUAAGGGCUUAUUGCCAAUCCGCGGCGACUCUGAACCUUCUUAGGGCCUUCGCCACUGGAGGAUAUGCUGCAAUGCAGAGGAUUAGCGAAUGGAAUCUUGAUUUUGCUGAGCACAGUGAGCAGGGAGAUAGGUAUGCUUUCUUAAACCUAUCUUGGUUUCAUUUCUCCACACUAAACGUGAGCUUGUCAAGUUUUAGCUUUUGGUACUUUACAAUAUUCAACGAGCCUGGAUCAUUGCGUGAAAAUUUGAAGCAUAGCCUAGAACGUGUGUACCCAAAAAACAGGAGAAAAGAUAUCAUUGUGCUUGUUCAUAGUCUGGUGUUUUGUGAGUACCAUGCCUAUUAG